AUGAAGAGACAGAACGCAAGGACCCUCGCCCUCAUCGUCAGCAUCCUCACCUACCUGGUGGUGGGAGCUGCUGUGUUCGAGACCCUGGAGUCCAAGCAGGAGAGGAGCCACAAGAGGAGGCUGGAUGCCAGGAAACACGAACUCAUGCGCAAGUACAACCUGACCAAAGAGAACUUCGAGGAGCUGGAGUCUGUCGUCCUGCAGCUCAAGCCGCACAAAGCCGGAGUCCAGUGGAAGUUCGCAGGGUCCUUCUACUUCGCCAUCACUGUGAUCACGACCAUAGGUUACGGCCAUGCGGCGCCCAGCAGCGACUCAGGGAAAGUGUUCUGCAUGUUCUACGCCCUCCUGGGGAUCCCGCUCACCCUGGUCAUGUUCCAGAGCCUUGGCGAGCGGAUCAACACGUUCGUCAGGUACCUGCUGCACCAAGCCAAGAAGUGCCUGUCGAUGCGCCACACCGAGGUCUCCAUGGCCAACAUGGUGACGGUGGGCUUCUUCUCCUGCCUGAGCACCCUCUGCGUGGGCGCCCUGGCGUUCUCCCACUGCGAGGGAUGGAGCUUCCUCCACGCCUUCUACUACUGCUUCAUCACGCUCACCACCAUCGGGUUCGGGGACUACGUGGCCCUGCAGAGGGACGACGCGCUGCAGAACGACCCCCGCUACGUGGCCUUCUGCUUCGUCUACAUCCUGAUGGGGCUGACGGUGAUCGGGGCGUUCCUGAACCUGGUGGUGCUCCGCUUCCUCACCAUGAACACCGAGGACGAGCGCCGGGACGCCAAGCAGAGGGCCCUGAUGUCCGUCGGCAAGCCCAGAGAGGUUGCUCGCCUGCUUCCCAUCUCAGCCUCCACCUCUUCCACACCCGUAGCGGACGACUCCACCAGGGCUAGAGAUUUAAAAGGCGUCUACACCGAGGUGCUGCAUUUCCAGACUAUAUGCUCCUGCCUGUGGUACCGGAGCAAGGAGAAGCUUCACGGCUCUGGACCCUCCAUGAUCCCUCAGGAGCUGACGUUCUCCGAUGCCUACAUGCAGCAGAACAGUAGCUGUCCUCACUACAUGGAGCCCGGAUCCACAGGCUGCGUCUGCAGUCCGCGUCAGUGUUCCAGCAUAAGCUCCAUAACAACGGGCCUCCACAUCCUCUCCCCGUUCAGGAUGUUUAAGAGACGCAGCUCCGUCUAG